UGUUAAAGCAUAAUAUGUAUGUAUCCGUCGCUAUAGAUUGAGUAGUUGCCGGUGUUAAUUUUUCAUAUUUUUUAAAACUAAAUAUUGACCAAUUUUUCGGAGUUUUUUUUUUCAUCUUCUCGAUUCGCGUUUAUUAUUAAUUUUUUUCUCAAAUUUUGAGACAGUGUUGAGUUGGAAUUUUUAAUUGCUCGAUGUUUUUCCAAAAGUUAGUGAAAAUGCGUCUAGACGGACCUUUUUGAAACUGUUUGGACUCGUGAAAGACCCAUCACCGCAGGAGCAGGAGCAGGAGGCGACAUUCUUCGUUGAAAAGUUGGGUUUAACAAAUGAUGAUGCCUAUAGCACCGACUGCAGUAGUACAGAUGCCAUCCAAGCCCAAAAUUGGAUUCUCCAUCGACUCGAUCGUCGGAGGAGCCCGCGAAAAAUCCCUCUCGCCGACUCGAAGCGAUCCAGAUUUAUCGAACCAAUCACUCAUGAGCGACGAUUCGACACCAUGUUCGCCAGUCAGUAUGGAUCAAGAUAUGUACCACAGAUCCAGAAGCAGAUCUCCACGCAGGCAAUCCUCGCCAUCGAUCUCACCUCCGCUCGAUCCGGGCAGCGUGUCACCGCCGCCGGGUGUAGUCAGGCCAUCAGCUUUGCCUCCCGGUUCGGUGGGAGGGUUUCCCAAAGGAUUAUAUUUACCAGAACCUUUAAUGCAUCCUGGACACCAUCAUCAGCUCGCCUUGGCUGCUGCCGCCGCUCAGCACUUUCAAGCUGCCGGAUUAGCGGCCGCCUUGUCCAAUCCUUUCUUACCGGGUGGUAAUAAUCAGGCUAAUGGACAUUCCCAGCCACCGGCUGGUCAUCAGUUACCUCCUAGUCAUCAUCCCGGUGCCGGUCAUCCGCCCAGGGAUACGUAUCCCCUGUAUCCGUGGCUGCUCUCCAGACACGGUCGUAUAUUUCCUCAUCGAUUUCCCGGAGGUCCAGAUAUUCCUGGUUUUUUAUUACAACCGUUCAGAAAACCGAAAAGGAUACGAACUGCUUUCAGUCCUAGUCAAUUAUUGAAAUUAGAACAUGCUUUUGAAAAAAAUCACUACGUAGUUGGAGCUGAAAGAAAACAGCUGGCUCAGUCAUUAAGUUUAACAGAAACUCAGGUUAAAGUAUGGUUUCAAAACAGAAGAACCAAACAUAAACGAAUGCAACAAGAAGAAGAGGCAAAAGCUCAACAGCAAGCUUCCUCAGCUAGUAAAAAUUCGCACCAUGUAAAUAAAUGGAAACAAGAUACCGUAACGUUAUUAGAAAAAGGUGAAGACUCGGAUAAGCAAACAUGACACGAGCAGCAAUCUCCCUUAUCUCAAACGUAAGCUAUCCUCGGCAACCUUUUCUCAAGCUUUUUUGUGAUAACGAAAGCAAUACCAAUAAGACGACUGCGAAACACACUAAAUACCUACCUAUCUAUACAUAAAUUUAUGCUCACAAGUAGGUAUACGAAAAAUUUAUAACUGAUAUUUAAAUCCAAACAAAUGCCAAAAAUUAUUCUUACACAACAAAAUGAAUUCUGACCCCCUUAACCCUCUCCCGCAUGUUUCCUAUUCCUUUCCAGUAAUUAUUAAUAAAUACCUAGAAAAAAUAUCGUGUUUUAGUUUACUUAUACCCGAGAAGCAGUUCGAAAAAAAGCAAAACUUUCAAUAAGGUCAAGUGUAAUUUGUAUGUUAUUUUUACGUGUAACUUUUUUCCUCUUUAUUAUUGUUUUUUUGUUAUUUUUUUCGUGUUUUUUUCUUUCUUCCUCAUUUUCUUCUUUAUUUUAUUUCAUUUUUUUUCUCUCACUCUGUGCAGAUUCUCGAUGAUUUUGAUAGAGUUCUCGUUCGUAUAUAGUGUUGAAAUGUAUCUUGUAUCAUAAUGUACUUAUUUUGUUGUUAAAUUUUCAUUUCUUUUUUCUCUUUUUAAAAACUAUUUUUUUGUAAUUCUAGUCAUGGAUGUAUAUGAAUUUACGAUUGUUGUAAAUAAGCCAUUUUAAAAAUUAAAUAUUUUAU